ACCAAUGUUGUGAUGCUUUGCAUCUUUCUUACUUAGUAUUGUCUAUUCUUUAUUAUUUCAGGCAUGGAUCAAAACAGUGAAGAAAGCAUGAAGAAGACCAGCAAUGUAAAUCUUGACAAACUUAUAGAUGAUUUCUCACAGAUAGAAAAGAAAAUGAUAGAAGUCACUGGAAAGAACAACCUUCUGAAUAUUCGGCUGGAAAAGACUAACAGUUUAUUAAAGAUAAUGCAAGCAAAAGAGACCUCAAUGAAAGAAGAAUGUAUUACUCUUCAUACUAUGAUAAAAGGGCUACAACAGACUGUUCAAUAUCAACACAAUUUGAAAGGUGAAAAUGAACAACUAAAAAGAAAUGUUGAUUUUAUGAAAGAGAAGUUAAAAUCUCAUGAGCAGGAAUAUAAGAAUAAUAUUGCCAAACUUAUAAGUGAGAUGAAAAUCAAAGAGGAGGAGCACAAAAUCGAAUUGAGCAAACUUUAUCAGGAUAUGCAGAAAAAAGUUGAAUUAAAUGAGGAAAAGCACAAAGAACUAAUGGCAAAGAAGGAGACGGAAAUAUCAGAGUUAAAUGCAAAGUUGAAAACUCAGGAAAAGGAAAAGCGAAAUGAAAUACUCAGACUACAUAUAGAAUUUGACACUAAACUAGCAAGAGCUCAGACUAAGCCAAAACCAUAUCCGGAAGCUACUAUUUUGCCGCAAAGUAUCUACAGAAGGAAGCUUCAGCAUCUUCAGGAGGAAAAGAACAAGGAAAUUGCAAGUCUCCAGAACACUAUCCGAGACCUAGAGCAGCGCCUCGCGGCCUCCAAAGACACCCGCCUCACUCGGAGGCGGUUUUGAGCAGGGCAUUUAGUGUAUUAGCAACAACUUACCUAGUUUUCUUUAAGGCUCUAAAGAUGCACUUCUACUUUCAAUGUGAGCUGAACAAUAAAGACACACACUUUCCAGCUUUUUAAGUUGCAUUUAUUUUUGAUAAUCUGUACUGUAGCCAAUCAAUUCUAUUCUCCAUUCUUGCUUAAUUGUAUUAGCCAUAAAGGAGUUCAGGUUCAUAGGACUCAGUUUCUCUAUUAAACCAUCAUUGGUUAUGGAAAUACUGUCUUAAGCACUAUGCAGAUUAACACCAUACUUUUCUUCCAUUACAUCUUUCAAGACAGUCACUCACAACUCAGAAGACUGAUACAGCAUUAGAUGAAAAAAACAAGAUUCACAGAUAUAUGUAGUGAAACUCAAGCUAGGAGUCUUAGAGAUAAAAAAGAUAAGUAGAUAUUUAAAAUGUAGUCUGUUAAAGAUUUAAUCGGUUUAAAGUAUAAGAUUAGAAAGACAAAGUUUCUAUUGUUUUGAAAGUUUUAAGUAAA